AUGGGUUCAAAUUAUCAAACUUUAAAGCCUAGCUUUAACCCUUCCUCAGAGUUCGACUCAUCCUCACAAAUUCAAGAAGUCAUCAAAGCACUCAACCUUCUACCGCAUAUCGAGGGAGGUUUCUUCGCAGAAACAGAUCGAGCCCCAGAUGUCGUUUCCUCCCCAUUUGGCUCCGAUAAAUCCUCUACAUCAGAUCUUGCACCUCAAAGACCUGGCUUCGACCCCACUGUGCGAAAUUCUUCAACUUCCAUCUUCUAUUUACUUACGCCAAAUGGCCCUCAAGGCGGCUUCCAUCGUAACAAGGGAAGAACGGUCCAUACAUUACACAGAGGACGAGGAAGAUAUGUUUUGAUACAUGCCGAUGAGGAGGGUUCGGAAAAGAGAAUCGAAACAUUCAUCGUCGGCCCAAACGUUGCUGGUGGAGAAAGAUUACAAUGGAUUGUAGAGGGAGGGAAAUACAAGGCAUCCUUCUUGCUACCAGAUGAAGAAGGUGGAAAUGUCAGUCAAGGGCUUUUGAUCAGUGAGACGGUAGUACCUGGGUUUGAGUAUUGUGAUCAUGAUUUCUUGUCUCCGGAGGGGUUGAAAGAGCUUGUGUGUUCAGGAAAAGCAGAGGAAUUGAACUGGCUGCUCAGUCCUUUGGGAAAGGGAGAGUAG